AUGUCAUACAACGAUAUACGAUGUCGACUUUUCGCUUUAUUCGGGUCACGAUAUUCUACUAGGUGCAAGCGUGGUUCAGUUUCCGAGUCCAACCCAUCAAGAUACACAGAUACACCAGCUGAUGUGAGUGGAUUGGAGAAAAGAGGUGGUACAGCACCGGAUGGACUGGUUUUAGCGGACUGGCAAACAUAUUUAUCGUAUGUUACCACCAUCAACGAUACACCAUAUACUGUCACUACGAUAGCCAAUCUUCCCUUGACCUACUACGGACCUUCCAUACCGCUCGGUGACGGCUGGACUUACGGUGGACUGACCUCCCUUACUGGAACCGAUAAUCUUGCUCCACCAAUGACCGAAACACCUGUGCCAUCGACUGACAUCGAAGACAGCCCCUCACCCACUGUCACCGCCCUUUCGAGCCAAGGAUCUACUGCGAGCAGUUCAACAAGUCUUCCUACAUCCUCGAGUGAUCCAAUCACUACAUGCCGAUCCUCCAUUCAGUCUGCAACUUUCACCCCCUCCACCCACACUCCAACCUCCGUGUCACCCAUCACCUCCUCCCCUUCCACCACUUUCGCCCCCGACACCAUCAACGAUCCUCCCCCUGUUCCUACUCAGCCCAUUGACCCUAUUCCUACCGACUCGGAAGGUCGAACCCUCCUCGGUCCCUUACUCGGUGCACUGAUACCUCUAGCUCUUGCCAUCCUGGUGAUUCUGAUCUUCUUCUGUGUAUACCACAAAAAUCGGCAUUCUCGCGAAUCAAAAUUCUUCAGUCUUUUCUCUAAAUGA